GCGAUCCAAUCAGAGAUAGAGAACGUCGGCCGCCGUUUUGUGAAUGAUAUUAAAGAUAACCAUAAGUUGGGAAGCAUUGGAAGUGUUGGAUCAGCGAAGUUGACCACUUCUUUGAUGAAUGAGGAGAAACGUUGGCAUACGGUUUGGUUGCGAUCAUUGGAGUACUUAAUGAUUCUGGAAGAGGGACCCCAUUGUCCUCAACAUUACUUGAGUGGUGUCGACGAACAGUUGCCAUCAAAACGCCAUAAGAAUAACGUGGGAAUCGUUUCACCAAACGUUCGUAUUCUUAAUAAAAGAGUUCAGACGUCGGUUGCAAUGGUUGGCGAAACGAAAAACGAAUUACUCGGCGAUAACUUGAAUGCAAAAGUGGAGAUAAUCCAGAAGGACAUCGGCUAUUCGAGCGAUGCGGACAUGAGUGAUGUGGUUGAGGCGCACCCGCACUCGGAUGCGGCCGCCCUGUCGUCGCGAUCGGUCCGCAAACUAAGACGUCGUCGUAAUAAGACUCGACAGACGCGGACCAGACCCUGGAGUUUCCACUCAGACUGGACUGAUUGGGACUAUUAUCAGACACCACUUCACGGCGAUUACGUCAGCUCUGAAGACAUCAACUAUGAAGACGAUAAGAUUAUUCGCAAUCUCAUUGAGUUCGGAGAGAAUUACGAGACUUGGAUUACUAAUGAAGACAUCGAUGAUCUCAUUAGAGUGUCGACGCCAUCGUCGCCACAAAUACUGGCAAAAGAAACAAAACAAAGGGAAUCGACGGCUGAAACUGUGGAAGAGGUGGUAACACAUAGUCCGCCCCCAAAGGCAACAAAGCGGUCAGCCAUGCGUUUGACAUUUACCAUGUUCAUAUACGCCACUUUGGCUAUAUUUGCGUUGGCACUCACUUUAACCAAUUACUCGCCGCAUAUCCAGAAGUUAUAUCGCCGGCCGCCACCCAUUUGAAUGCUUCAAAACAAACAAACACUAUAUAAUUGACUCCAAUUUCUGUGUUUAUAGUAUUUCUUAUCUAAUAAUCCUUUAGAUGUCUGUAUAUUCUUUGGACAUUAAUCCGAUUAUUGAAUGAAUUAUGGCUUAACUGAGAGUUUUUUUUUUGCAAAAGUGGUUAAUAUUUUAAUUUAUUUCAAUAGAAAGUAUAAUUUGAGGCGAAAAGACACAAAUCUGUGAUUUUGAGAGCUCUUGAGGUUUUUAUGCCAAUUCACUGCCUGUUUCUGCCGUUUCUUAGUUUUUUAACUGUUUUUUUUGUAUUAUAAAAAGAACUUAUUAUUUAUAAGUUUUUUGUCGAUUAGCGACUGAAGUAAACCAUUUUUAUGGCAAAACAGAGUAUUGACUCUAAAGAGAGUCAAUAUUGAGGUCAAGUACUCACUAUUUUAACACCUCUUCUCUAUUAAAAACUGAACGAUUAAUUAAAUUCAUUUCUUUAUGCAUUCAUUUGUAUUCACAAAACAGUUUUAAUGCAUAACAAUAACAACAAUAUAAUGAAUUGAUGUGUGUUUCAAACAAAUGAGUGGUAAAUGUUUCUUAAUCUAUACCAGCAAUGAAUGUAAUGCAUUGUAAAUGAGUAUAAUAUUUAGGUUAAGAUUACGUUUUGUAGGCACUCUUGUAAUCAUAUUUCAUAUGUAUUCUAAUGUUAAGCCUAUUUCGAUCCAAUCAAUGCACUGACAUAUUAUAAUACUGUAUUGACUAACCCUAACAACCCUUGUAAGUGGUGGCAGAUAUUUAAGCGCAAACUUGUGUUUCAACUUCUUAUGGUAACGCCAUUAACACGAUAUGACAGCAAAUCAUAUUUAUGCUCACAUGACAUGAAUUAUUAGGGAAUUGUAUCCGAGAAUCGAUUCUAAUUUAACACUAAUUUUUCCAAUUAAUCGAACUUAAAGUUAGCGAAACUUAAUUCAAACUUCAAAUUAUUAUUAUUUUUAUGAAAAGCCCUAAAGAGUCUCCACUCUCUUUUCUAAACGCAUUUUUAUUUAAUUUUUCUCAUUAUUUAUAAAUUCAUUUUUUAUUAAAAGUUUCCAUAAAAUCAAAAUGAAAACA